UAUCGACCUGUACACCAUCUGAUUUGCCGCCGAGUCGUUUCCCAGCAAAACGCAGUCCGCCGUUCAUUCACGUUCGCCACGAUCCCGUGUCCAAAAACACAUACAAAUACUAAUACUUACAGACACACACACACCCACACCCACACCCACACACACACACACAUACACACCACACACACACACAUACACAUACACACGCGCGCACGUUGAAAGUAAUAUUAUAUUAUCAUAAAUAUAUACUUUGACCGAUCGUCGUUAUUAUCACGUCGCCGUCGUUGUCGUCGAGAGCACCGUCACGGAUCAAUACGAGUGUCGAUAUUUCGGGUUGAUUUUAUCGUCAUCGUAUCCUUCGGUCCGUCAUUGCGCGUUGCAUAUGCGGACAAUUCAAUGUUGCUUUCAACGUGAUCAUCAUCUCAGACUUUCUGUGGUGUACCAUCGCCGACGAGGUGUUCGGUUUCCGGUGGGACGGUAGCGAAGUCGAGAACGACGACGGUGGCGGUGACGGCGACGACAGCUUCGGGGGCUGUGGUAGUGGUGGUGGUGGCGAUAACAAAGACGACGACGACGGCGACGGCGACAGAGGCUGUGGUGACUGUUGAUCGGUUUGACGAAUUCGACAUUAUGGACAACACAAAGUCGAAGGCCGAUUGACGACUACCAUCAGUAAGUCAUGAAACAAAAGAAAAAGAAAGACGAACCGCCGCGGCCACCGUCUGGCACAGAUGAACAGCAACAGCAGCAGCAGCUAUUAAAUGGCGCAGGCGAGCCGAGACCCAAGAAAUCGGCAUUGAAACGCACGGCGACCAGUGGCGGCUCUAAGGCAGUUAAGUCCAGUAAGCACAAGCGGCACGUGCAGUUUAAUGAAAGCCUGAACGUGUUUUUCGAGUCGGAUUACGUGAUCGUCAUCCGGGAUGAUGACUGUGAGUUCGACGAGGAGGAUUUCGACUUUUGGUCACAGCAGCCGUGCAGCUGUGGCGACGAAUCGUGUUUUCAGCCGUGGUUUGAUGAUGACGAUGGCCGUAACAUGCCACAACUCGACCCGUACGAAGAACAGCCAGCCACGCUCAGUCCACCGGACGGAUACAAGGAUGGCUGUCCCAGGCACGUGCCGCCGUCACUAGACCACCUGAAAUACGCAGAUGAUGAUUUAGCUACAAGAUAUGGUUCGGAUGUGAUGGACAGUUCUGGCGAUACGCAUGUCGCUAUACCAUAUAAUUCCAAUGCUAACGCUACGUCCUAUUUUGAAGAUAACAAUCAAAAAGUUCGUCAUGAACUUUCGUCCAUACCCCGGCCAUGUAAAGACGAACAAAAGCAGCAGCAACAACAGCCAUUGACAAACACAUCUACCCUUCAGCUGUCGAAAACAAACACUGUCUGUGAUACAAAUUCAAGUACAGGACAGCAACCACGGUGCAUCGUAGAAACAAUAACUAUGACUACAGUUACCGAGAGACAGAUCGUGCAGGAAACUAGACCUAUGGACGUUCCUGGUGUUGACGGUGCCUGCAAAACUGAAGAUGCAAAAGUUGUUACUGGUGCUACUGCUGUAACCCCGGAUGAGGGGUAUGUAAUGAUUAAAUGUGGUAACAAUACUGUGCUGUACAACAACCGAAACCCAAACUCAGCAGUUCGACAGUUGUUUCCGUCGACAAAGUUCGUGUGCCCACCAACCCGAAUAAAAGAGACGGAUGACGCUAGGUUAUUGAACAAAUAUCUAAUCACGGAAGAAUCACUCAGAGCGUUUGAUAGUAGGUCGAUGAACGGUGGUUUGAGUGGAGGAGGAUUCAAGAGCGAACCGCACAGCGAUGACGAUGACGAUGAUACGUCGAAUAGCCUUAUUAGGAGAACCAUCGAACGGAGUACGUUAAGGCGGAAUACCGUGAAAAAAAAGAACGUUGGUGACUCCAAAGAGAUAUCUUUGAUCGAGAAGAUCCGGCGGCUGACGUGUGAUAGCGACGACGAUGCCGACGAUCCAGCGAAGAAGGUAUCUAGUGCCAUGCAAGAACAGGGGACCGCUUACACUGUGCUGGUACAAUGUGAUUCGGUGACACCAUCAGCGGCCGUUGCUACUCCGGCGUAUAAGAAACUCACAGAAUUAUUGAGCAGUGGUGGUAGUGGAGGCGGCCGUUAUGAUCAACCGCUGCUACCAUCAACUGCUCAAUCGACGGCUGACAGUGAUACGACUGCCAAAGCUGACGGACUAGACCUGUGCGACGGUCACUCGACCGUUAGCAGCAGAGCGGCCGUCCGGUCGGCAACCGGUGGCAAACCUUUUCUAUCUACGUUAGCAACUGCAUGCGUCACAGGCAACGUGCACCCGGCAACCAGUGGAUCAGUAGCAGGAGGCGCAUCGCAACCAUCGCAUUGUCCGCAACCGGACGUAGUGGCCGGCACUCAAGCACCUAGCUCACACAGACAGGAAGAGCUUGUGGCGUUCGUGCAACAAGACUCGGGCCGCCUGGAGAAGAUACGCAAACGGUAUAUGCCACCCACUGCCACUGCGGCCGCAACAGAGGACGAGGAUGACGAAAACGACGAUUACGGGUUCAACCGGCGUCCGGAAGUGCAUGGCAUUCGAUCCGGGUUCUCGGCGCAGAUCACCAUCAAGAACAACCCGCAGCCGCCGCAACGUCCUCGUUCUUAUUAUGGUGACCUAGCUGUUCAAACCCCGCCACUUGAUGUCCAACCUGACUUUGUGCCCAGGUAUCCAGCAACCACCGUGGCGGCUGUCCGCGCUCGGAUCCAGGGUGACACGCGAGCUCCACCACCGUACCCAGCCGCGUCCCAACGGUCCAUCAUCAGAGUGACUCAUGGCCAACAACAGCAGACCAUCCGCGUACCAUACCAAACAGUCGGACCGGUUCAGGUGCAUCUGUUGACUACAGCAGCCGCGGCUGCGUCCACCGCUACCACCAACGUCAUUGGUCACCCAUCGCAGCCACAGGUUCAAAUUCGACACCCACCUAAUGAGUACAUCGUUCAACACGGCCAUGCUAGAAUACACCACGGCCAACAAUUUGUUAUCGCCCGUGGUACUCAAACAGCCGCGAUAUCGACCACUCGGUACUACCAGUUACCACCGCCUCCGCCGCCCAACAUUCAGCAGCAACAGCAGUUACAACAACCGCAGUUACAACAACCGCAGUUACCACCACACGCUUUCCAACCGCCUGACGAGCAUCCGCCGACACAAUUCAAACAGACAUCUCCCACUAGAGGAGUUGCAGCUAGCGGUAGGCUGCAUAUGCAACAACAACAAGAAUAUGUCGACCAUAAUUUACCGUCAUCGGUCUCGCAGACUUCCAAAAACCCAAUGCUUUUUUACGGUAUGAAUGUCUGAAUGGUGCCUUUAGUGGUGGUGUAUAAUGUUUGUACGUAGUACCUAAUAUACAUUAUUAUACAUGUAUGUAUGUAUGUAUGUAGUAUGUAUAUAUUAUAUACCUACAACUUACGAUGUUUGGCAAUUCUUAAAUAAGUUUUGUUAUAACUUAGGUAUAUUUAUAAAUUCGUUUUCGAUACAUUAAUACUGCAGAUGUCGCUGAAAGGCGAGAGUCAACAAAUUUUACCAUAAAAUGAAAAAUUAACUUUUAUUAUGAAUAUUAUGUGAUUAUAAAUUAUAUAAGUACCAACUUAAUGUAUAACUGUAUAAGUCUUCCUAUAAUAUGUAGACGAUAACGCAAUGCGAUAACAUCAAUUUAUCAAAAUGUAGAUUCAAAUCCAUUGUCGAAACACGAUCGUUUCAGUGAAAUAAUAUGUAGAUACCCAACUGUUAUAUUCUCAUGAAUAAAAACUGUAUGAUUAAGUUCCAAUAAUAAAAUAUAUAUUAUAUACGUACGCUUAUUGUCAGCAUUUAUCGAAUUAAGUAUAAUGGUUUAAAAAAAAAAACUCAAUACAUAAUUUAUUUUUAUUAUAUAAAAAACUGAAAAAUGCACUUUUAAAUAAAAUACAUGAACAAUUUUACUCCUAAAAGCAAGAAAAUAGUAUAAAUAAUAAUAUAUUAAAGCAAAUGGUGAUUUUCGUGCCUACAAUUUAAAUUAAUAAAAAGGAAAUCUUAUCUGUUUUAAUUUGUGUUGAAAAUAUUACCGUAAAUAAAAAUAAAAAUAUAUAUUAUAUAUAUAAUAUCAAAGUACUUAAUUUAACAAUAAGUAUAUUAAUAUAACUCUAUACAAUCACAGGCCACAGGUCUUUUACACUAUUUGUUUACCUACUCAUUUUUUUUAUUAUUAUUAUUAUUAUUUUAUUUUUAUAGUUAAUAAGUUUCAAAUUGUAAUAAUGUAUAAAAUAUAAAAGUAAUUCAAUAACAGACUGUGACGAAAAUUAAGGGUUGUGAAAUUGUAUUUAUAAUACGACUAUACCACUAGAAAACACGAUAAUAUUAAUCAUAUCGAAGAUAUAACUAAUAGCCAAAUCCACAUCAAAAAUAGAAAAAUAAUUUUUGAAUGAAAUAAAAAUAAAAAUGCUAUAAACAUUGGAGAAUCAUUAAAAACCGUUUAUUAUGCUAUUUGGUUUACUAUGAUUCAAUAUUGUAAAUAAUAAUCAAAAUAUUAAAUAGUAUAAAUAUAUUUAUUAUUUAAGCCAUUAAUUUUACAUUUCAAAUUUCUUCGGGCUGACAAAUAUCUACAAAUUAUAAAAAUAUAUAUUAUAUUUAUAAAGGUAUAUGUGGUACCUAUUAAAUAUUAAAUAAAAUUAUGCUUGACAAAGUAGUAGGUAUGUAAAAUUAUAUUGUUAUGUUAUGUUUAAGAUUAAAACAUAAAAAUAUUUAUUAUUUUGUUUUAAGAAAUAAGAAUUGCUACUCCAAAAAUAAAACAAAAUACAAUUUUCUUAAAAAUUUGAUUGCUUUUAGUCCUUUUAUUACUUAAAUAAAAUAUAUAUAUAUAAUAGCAAAACAUAAAAUCUGUAUCAAAAUUACAUCGUAAUUUCAAGCCAAUUAUAAAACCAUAAAACAAUUGAAUAAUAAUCGCGAUCGAAUACUUUCAUGUUUUAAUUAAUAAUUUUUUUAUGUACAUAUAGGUAUAUAUUUAAGUAUGCAUAUUACCUACCAAAUUUAAUAGGUUAUCAUGAGUUUCAAAAGUAUUAAGGAAAUCAUUAAUUUGUAUUAAUUUAAUUAAAGUAAAACUAUUAUAACAUUUGAUUAUUAUAAAAUGAAAAGUUUUUCAUAAGCCAAUAACUAGGAAAUGUUUAAAAUUUUUAGAUUUUUAAUAAAUUCGAUCACCCACUCAUAUACCGAAUUUUUAUCUCAUAAUCUAUAGAACAUUGAAAUUUCAUUAAAACUAUAUACACAAAUUUAAACUUAUAUGAUGCAAAUUUAUUUAUUUUUUUUUAAAUUUAAUAUAUAUAAAUAUAUAUAUAUAUAUACACCUAUAAUAUGUAUGUACUAUUAUGAUUGGUGCCAAAGCGAUGUUAAACUUAAAAUUAAAAUAUGUAUUCAAAACAUACGAGUAUAUAAAAUAAAAUAUUUUAUUGUUUGAAAUCAAUUUAAAUGGUAGGCUGUUUAUUAUAAUUAUGUUAAACUAUAGUACGAAAUACUAGAUCGUCGUUAAUACUUAGGCCUAAAGUGGAAUUAAUUUAAAAUUGUAUUGUUUGUGAAUUUUAUUAUAAUUAUUUUUUAUUUUAAGAAAAUAUAAUGUUGUUGUUGAAAUAAAUGUGUAUAAAUGAUUAGUUUGUGUUAACUUAUUUUAAAUAAUAUAUAAUAAAAUAUGGAAA